AGAAAUGGAAGAAAGAUUUGAAAAUCUAAGUCUAAGUAGACUUAUAUCGAUUCUAGAGAAAUCUGAGAAUAUUACGAAUAUGAAUUCACAGAAUUCUUGGGAUGUAUCUUCUUUGUCAUCUUUGUCACAAGAAUAUGUAUUUUAUAAAUUAUCACAAAUCCAAUUUAGUAAUGGAUCUAAAUUUAAGAUAAGAUCUAUUUUGGAAUCUCCUGGAAGAUCUUUUUUUCUUAAGAAUGAAAUAAAGGAUUAUUUUUUUAGAAUGCAAGGAACAUAUAAUUCCAAAUUAAGACAUAAGAAACGUUCCGAUUCGUUAAUGAAUCCAUGGACAAAUUGGUUCAAGGUUCUUUAUCAAUAUGAUUUACCUGAGAAGAGAUGGUCGAGAUUAGUAUCACAAAACUGGAGGAAUAGAAUCAAUGAACAUCGUGUGGCUCAAAAUAAAGAUUUAGUUGAAUAUGAUUCAUAUGAAAAAAAUCAAUUAAUUUGGAAAGAAUUAAUUCUUUCCAAAAAACAAGAACAAGAAGGAGACUUAUUAAAAAUAGAAAUUAAAAACAAAAUUAAAAAACAAUAUAGAUAUGAUCUUUUCUCCUAUCAAUAUCUUAAUUUUGCGAAUAAGAAAAAAUCCUCUAUUUAUGGAUAUAGAUCACCGAAUAAAAACCAAGCGAUUUCUUAUAAUUACAACAUCUCUAUCCAAAAUUAUCUAGAAGAAUAUGAUAUUCUAGAUAUGGAAAAAAAUCUGGAAAAAAAUCUGGAUAGAAAGUAUUUCAAUUGGAUGGGAAUGAAUGUAAAAAGGAAAAAGACUUCUAGACCGAAGGAUAAAUUCCUUAUUCCCGGAUUUUGGUUCUUUUCAAAAUUAAGCAAAUUAUAUUGUGCAUAUAAGAUGAAUCCUUGGAUCUUACCAAUAAAAUUCUUUGUUUUGCAGCUUGAUAAUUUAGAGUUAACAACGGAAGAAUACGUGAAUACAGUAGAUGAAGAUCUUAAAUCUGUCUCAUACUAUUAUAAAGGAUCAGAUUCUAAAUACAGGACCGAUCUAAAGGGAGAACGGGAUUUCUUACUAUCAAAAUAUUUGGGUUUUUAUUUGCACUGUGAUAGUUCCGACGAAGAAAUAGGAAUGGAUAAUACCAACUUAUUUUGUCUCCUGCUUAGAAUGAAAAAAUUCAACAAAAUUGUAAUAAUGUCGAUUAAAAAGCUAGAGCUAGAUAUAGAAAUGCUGGUUGAUUCAAGGACGAAGGAUUUUUGUUAUACAGAAUGUAGGGACACUGAGGACUUGAAGGAAAGGCUAAUCUUUUUUAUUGAACCUAUUCGCCUGCCUAGAAAAAAGCAUGAACAAUCUCUUCUAUAUCAAACCAUAAGACUACCGUUGAUUCAUAAGAGUAAGACGCGAAAAAGUUGGAGUUGGAAAAAGAAAAAAAGUCGUGUUGAUCAAAAGAUAACAGAAAAUAAAGAUAAAAAUCUUUAUGAUUUGUUUGUUCCUGAAAAUCUUUUGUCCACUAGACGCCGUAGAGAAUUGAGAAUUCUAACUUGUUUCAAUCCUAGGAAUAGAAAUACUGUGCAUAGAAAAACAAUAAAUGACAAUGAGAAUCAAAUAAAAAAUGUUUCUCAAGUUUUGACUAAAAAUAAAGAUCUUGAUAGCGAAACAAAAAAACUAAUGAAUUUUAAAUUAUUUCUUUGGCCAAAUUAUCGAUUAGAAGAUUUAGCUUGUAUAAACCGCUAUUGGUUUAAUACCCAUAAUGGAAGCCAUUUCAGUAUAUUAAGGAUACAUAUGUAUCCUCGAUUGAAAGAUUAAUUUAGAAUCUACAUUUAUCUUCUAUAUUAUCAUUAUCAUAAUAUUUUUUGUAACAUAUCUGAUAUGUGAAUAAAUAUAUAUAUAUAUA